GUUCGCAGCUUUGGAUUCCAUCCGCUUCAGCCUUAUUGUCGGUCGAUUUUGCUUUCUUAUCCGAGCUCCACAGUCUACACCGUCAUUCUUCUACACUACACCAUCAUUACUGAAUUUUCUGCAGCUUGCGUGUCGACUGGGCUCAUUGGGAUGGAUGACGAAUAGCCUCACGAGAUCUCACCCUUCAUUGGGUCCGGACACCAACUCCGCCCCCAUGCUUUACGUCCCAUCCACGCAACAGAUUGAGGCAAAAUGGCUGAGCCCUGCAUGGCGUAUGAGAAUCUUGAAUACACCUCCGACCAUAUGACACCUCAUAGGGAUGGAAUAUCAAGCAAGUCGAUUCUAGCAUUAGAAGCUCACUUUUCCCCGGUACGGGCCAAAUUCUCCGGUGCAGCAAGGAAGCCGACGUAUCAUCACUCAAUCAAUCCCGUCCCCUCACAGCAGUUCCCAUGACUCUCUUUGUCUGUCCUUGACUAGGCGUGAUAUCAACUGUUGUCGGUGCUUUUUGUUUUUCAGCUGUCUCCCCACCGCGGAUGACUUGCUUCUAUCCACCCUGCUGUCAUCCCAACCGUUCCCUCUCCACACAACACGCCAUCAUCAACAGUUACCCUGCGAGCUUAAUUGCUGGGUUAAACCUAGAAUUGUUGGGCCAUAGUCCUUGACAUCAACUUCAACUUUCUCAUUUAACUCAUCCGUCAUGAAGGUGUUAGCGAUGGCCAGCGCAACAGGGCUACGUGAGUGCAUACGUACAUCCAUGCAUGGUUCGGAGCCGUGGUCAUGUGGAGCUGCC